AUGUCUGCCAUCACGAUCCCCCCCGGCGGUACCAUCGUCGACACCUUCAAGAAGUCCUUCGUCGACGUCCCAGUUGAUGCCGACAAGAACAAUGCCAUUGCCACCGCCGAGUUCCUUGAGGCCACCGAGUCUCUGACCACCAUCUUUGAUGUUCUCGGCUCCGUCGCCUUCUCCCCCGUCAAGUCUGACAUGCUCGGUAACGUCAAGAAAAUCCGCGACCGCCUCCUCGCCGCCCCCGCCGAGUCCCUCGACCUCCAGUCCCUCGUCCGCGCCGAAAUUGCCUCCAAGAAGCACGUCGCCGCCGAGGGUCUCCUCUGGCUGACCCGCGGCCUCGAGUUCACCUCCAUCGCCCUCUCUAAGAACGUUGCCAACCCCUCCGAAGAGCUUGCCGACUCGUUCCGCGCCGCCUACAGCAACACCCUCAAGCCCCACCACUCCUUCAUCGUCAAGCCCAUCUUCAGCGCCGCCAUGAGCGCCACGCCCUACCGCAAGGAUUUCUACGCCAAGCUCGGCUCCGACGAGGCCAAGGUCGCCUCCGACCUGCGCACCUACCUCGCCGCCCUCGAGAAGAUUGUUGCCAUCCUCAAGGCCUUUACCGAGAGCAAGGAGGCCAAGUGGUAG